AACGCGCACGUCGCGUUUUGUAUGAAGCCGUGGACGCGCUUUCCUCCUCACCCGCCCCGCCGGUUUCUGUUCUUAGCUGCCGCCGGAGUUUGGGCCCGUGGACGGAUAAGGAGGCGGCGCCGCCGGGGAGACGCAGGAGAGCCCCUCAGGUGGUGCUGAAAUUGAAAGAACAGUGUUUUCCCUGAAACUAUUUAGAGACUUUGUGGCUGAGCUAUGGCAGCCAUUCGGAAAAAACUGGUUAUAGUUGGUGAUGGUGCCUGUGGCAAGACAUGUCUGCUGAUUGUAUUUAGUAAAGACCAGUUUCCUGAAGUUUAUGUUCCUACAGUAUUUGAAAACUAUGUAGCAGAUAUUGAAGUUGAUGGAAAGCAGGUGGAGCUGGCCUUAUGGGAUACAGCUGGACAAGAAGACUAUGAUCGACUUAGGCCACUUUCAUAUCCAGACACCGAUGUUAUACUAAUGUGUUUUUCAAUUGAUAGUCCAGAUAGUUUAGAAAACAUUCCAGAGAAGUGGACUCCAGAGGUGAAACACUUCUGCCCCAAUGUACCCAUCAUUCUGGUAGGAAACAAGAAGGAUUUGAGGAACGAUGAACACACAAGACGGGAGUUGGCUAAAAUGAAGCAGGAACCAGUCAAACCUGAAGAAGGUAGAGAUAUGGCAAAUCGCAUUGGUGCUUUUGGAUACAUGGAAUGCAGUGCAAAGACCAAAGACGGUGUGAGGGAAGUUUUUGAAAUGGCUACUAGAGCUGCUUUACAAGCCCGACGUGGCAAGAAAAAAUCUGGGUGCCUUCUGUUGUAAGCACAGCCAAGGGAAGAUGGCUGAAGCAGUGCCCGGCACUCAAUGAAUUUUUGAAGUGCUGUUUAUUAAUCUUAGUGUAUGAUUACCAGCCUUUUUCAUUUAUCUAUAAUUUACUUAAGAGAUUUAAAAUUGAGUCUUGCUACCAGUAUUUAGAAGCCAACCAUGAUUUUUUUAUAAUGGUCUGCAUCAAAUACAUCUGUGCACAUAAGGGUUAACUUCAACAUUCCUUUAACAAAACUUUUUCUGCAUUUGCAGAGUAUGCUAUGCAGAAUAUGCCAGGCACUAAUUCAAGACAAUUCUCUAACUUCUUGCUUUUUUUUUUACAAAUGGGAAAAAGCUGGCGACACUGAGAAUUGGGCUGUAACUACUCCAUAACUAACAUGUUCUAGCCUAUUCAGGUACAGCACACAUAGCUGUGGAAAGAUCCUGAAUAAGUUCAGUGUUUUCACUUUAAAAGAAGGAUUUUUUUCUCCUCCUUCUGUUUGAAAGCUCUGAAGCAUAAAAUAAUAGUUGGAAAAUAAUUAUUUCUCUGAAACACCAAAAGUCCCACCCAGCUAUGAAGUGACAGUUCUGUGAUUUCAUGUUAGUUACCUUAUAGUUACUAUGUAAUUAGUGCCACUUUGUGUGUUACCAAAAAUAAAUCUAUAUGCCCCAGUUAGAUGUAGUAUUUUUUGUAUAAUUGGAUUUCCUAAUACUGUUGCUUGUAACUUCUGCGUAAAGUGUUCUGGGUUUUUUUAAGAGUGUACUUUCAAAUAAAGUCAAAUGAAGAAUGGUGCCCUUCCCACAUUUGUAACUAUCCAGGUCAUUUGUAUGACUUAAAACACACCCAGAAAAGUCAUCUUUAAUACCUCCUUCAGGAGUAAGGGAAAGGCCAUUAUUUUUACAUUAAAGGUCACUGAAUGUUCCAGAAGCUUUAAGUUAACCCCUGCUGGAUCUGGUUCCAAUCUGAACAUAAACUUUUGCUUAUCAUCUGCUGGCCAAAUUCCCAUCCUGUGAAUGUCCUGCUGUUCUGCAGCAAACUAAACUCUUCUCUAUUUCUUGUUUCCAACAACUAAUAGAAUAAAGGCAGUUUUCUAAGCUC